CUUCCUCAACCUCCCUUCCUGCCGGUCAAUUUGCGUGUCUUGUCGCAUUGCCCCCCGCAUAGAACCCACCCUCUAUUCUACUCGAUUCCAGUACAAUGAGUGAUCAUUCUCAACUCCCCACGCCUGCGCAUACGCAAGCCGAAUCGAUGCUGUCUCGACGGUUUGGAAAGGAGACUGUGAAUUACUUCUCCAGCUCACCGUUGAACCGGCUUUCGUUCCUCCGCGGAGACCACCCGUUUCUGUCCGCAGCCCUGAAGCACCCCUCUACGCGCUUCAUUGUUCUGAAGGAGCUUGCUCCUCUCACAAAGUCCCCGGCGGAACUGUACCACGCAAAGCACGAGGAGGUGCAGAAGCUGGUGCCCGCGAGUAUCUACGAUAAAUCCGAGGAGGACAUCAUCAAGGAACAUGACUCGCGGAAAACGAGCCCGCAUUUGAUAUUCCUGGGACUGGACGAGAGUUCUAAGCAGGGUGGCUUUGCUUGGAAAAUCUAUACCGGAACCCCCUACUUUGCGCUGGAUGCGACACCCAGGGGCAGCGAGGAGCAGCAAUCCAAUGCCAAAGAUAUCCUUGGCGCUCUCGAGGCGAAGGGGCUAAGUUUCCUUCAGGCGAGAGUGGCGAUGUCCUUUUCGGCGGAUGAGGCCGCCAUCUACGCCCAGGCCCGCGCCUUGAUGGACUGGAACACCCGAAACACCUUCUGUGGCACCUGCGGCAACCCCACGAUCUCCGUGAACUCGGGCACCAAGCGAGCAUGCCCUCCUACAGAUCUUGCUCGUGUGGCUGAAGGAAAGCCUGCCGACCGGCCAGCAUGCAGUACGCGCACCACGAUUUCCAACCUAUCCUUCCCGCGUACCGACCCAACCAUCAUCGUGGCUGUGGUCUCGACCGAUGGCAAACGCAUUCUGCUGGGCCGUUCCAAGCGCUUCCCUCCCAACUGGUACUCGACCCUGGCUGGGUUCAUCGAACCUGCAGAGUCCGUCGAGGAUGCAGUCCGGCGAGAGGUCUGGGAAGAGGCGGGUGUGACGCUAUCGCGUGUCGUGAUCCAUUCGACGCAACCGUGGCCUUACCCUGCUAACCUGAUGAUCGGAGCAAUUGCGCAGGUCAGCGACCCCGCCCACGAAACGAUCAAUUUAGAACAUGAUCCUGAGUUGGAGGAUGCGAAGUGGUUCGAUGUUCAAGAAGUCGAGGAGGCCUUGAGGAUAGGAACCAGUCCUUUGGGAGAGAAGGCGGGAUCUGAAUACAAAGAAGGGGGACUGCGACUACCGCCGCCCACCGCUAUUGCUAAUCAGUUGAUCAGAGCGGCGAUUGGUAUAGAUCUGCUGGGGGACAAGAACUCGAAGAUGUAGAGGCCGGUAUGUCGUGUUGGGAUUGGCCGUUUACUUUGGGGUGUGGUAUAUAGGCGGUAUACAUACAUACUAAAUACAGGAUCGGUG